ACUGCUUCUCUUCUCUCUUCUGUCAAAAACGAAACGUUUUCAGAUUUCAGUUGAACAAAAUGGAGACCUAUGAGAGUGUUCUACUUGUCAAAUCCGAGGUAUUUGUAUUUAAAAUACCACCUCGUACUACCAACCGAGCCUACAGGGCGGCAGACUGGAACCUAGAGGAGCCCCAGUGGACGGGCCGCAUGAGGCUGGUCGCUAAAGGCAAAGAAUGUGUUCUCAAACUGGAGGACAAAACAUCUGGUGAACUUUUCGCCAAGUGUCCGAUCCCUGACUACCCCGGCCCAGCAGUCGAAGCUGUUUCCGACUCCUCCAGAUACUUUGUGCUGAGAAUUCAGGAUGAUAACGGUAGAAACGCGUUUAUUGGAGUCGGUUUUCAGGAUCGAUCGGACAGUUUCGAUUUGAACGUGGCGUUGCAGGACCACUUCAAGUGGGUGAAAAAGUCGGCCGAAAUCGAGAAAGAGAAGGAGGAACCCAAACAGCAGUUGGAUUUGCGUUUCAAGGAAGGAGAAACCAUCAAAAUCAACAUGAAAAUCACGAAAAAAGACGGCAGCGAAGUGUCGUCCAGUAAACCCAAGGCGGCCGCUCGACCCGGAGGGGCGGCACAGGGUUUCUUGCCACCUCCGCCCGGGGGCCUCAAAAUUGCGCCACCUCCGGCGCCGUCCGUGCACAGUUCGCCGCAACAUCAGGCCAACGCCAAGGGUGGCCAGGAGUCGUGGGGCGAGUUCACCAGUGCGGGAGGUCAAGGAGAGACAAGUUCUUCAUCAUCAACAGCGACCACCCAGCAGGCCACAACACCUAGCAACCCCAACUGGGUCCAGUUUUAGAAGAAAAACUUGAAAAAUUCGAAAAUUUUCAAGAUUUACGGUAAAAUUACGUGUUUCGCAUAACUAUAUUAUACUUCUGUUAUACACUAGAGCAUAGAGAAAAGAUAGCAUAAGAAGAUAUCCCAUGGUUUGUAGAAUUCAUUCAAAGUUUGCAAGUUUUUUAUCGAAUUAUGGUGUUGUGUAUCAAGUUGAGAUGAUACUGUAUCAAAUUGUGGCGAUACUGUAUCAUUCAUAGUCAUAUCAAAUUGUGUUGUGUAUCAAGUUGAGAUAAUACUGUAUCCAAUUUUCUUGAUACUGUAUCAUUUAUGGUGAUAUUCCAUGGUAAAGGACCGUUAUGUUGCAAAUGUUUGUGUUAACUGAAGCCGAUAGUCCUAGUAGUUGUUUUUGGUGAAGCUAUGUGACGCUGGCACAGUAUACAGUAUGGAAACUUGGCUAGUACCCUGGCGCAAAAAUCCGCCAUGUUGUUAGGAAGCGCCGCAUUUCAUUUUAUUUAUUCAUAGACAAUAGAUACAAUGCAGGUAAAAACAACAGGCAUUCGCCCAAAACUGCUUUAAACCUUAAUUUGGAAUACACGGUCUAGAAGUUAUGUAAAUAAUAACUUAAUUCACUCACUAUUAAGUCCAAAAAAUGUAUGUACUACAAUAAUUUUGUAUUUAUCAGAUUGAUUAAGUUCAAAAUACAAAUCCAAACCAAAAUCUUCCUUCACAAUCACAAAAAA